AUGAGCUUUCCAUUUCGUUGUCGGUCUAUAGUUAGAGCUUCUGUACUCAAUCAUCGUCCUCCCAGAAGAUUUUCUUAUUCAUACUUGAGUGACAAAAGUCUUGACUCAGAUGGGUUUAAUCAAUCCUGGGUUUCUGAACUCGUGAGAAAACAACAUUGGCGUGACUUGAGAAGCCUAGUUAAAGAAACAAAUCCCAACAGAUUUCUGCAACUUUUGUUUGAAUCAGAAGCAGAACCAGAGAUUGUCAUUAGUUAUUUUCGGUGGUCAGAGAAAGAAUUUAGACUCUCGUACUGUCUUGAUUACUGUUGUAGAUUACUGCACUUGCUGGCAAAUGCAAAGAAAUAUGGGGAAAUUAGGUCAUUACUCAAUUCUUUUGUUAAGAGUGAGAGGCACUCCAAUGUUUCUUUCUUCCAUAUGAUUGCAGUAUUGAGUAAUGGCUUUCGUUCCAAUUCGAUGAUCAUUGUUGAUAUGUUGAUAUUGGCUUAUGUGAAAAAUUCAAAGUUGAAUUCUGCCUUAGAAGCUUUUCAGCGUGCAUGGGAUUAUGAUUUUAGGUUAUCUAUUCUUUCGUGUAAUCCUUUGUUGAAUGCUCUGAUCAAGGAACAUAAGGUUGCAACUGUGGAGACUAUGUUUAAGGAGAUGAUUAGGCGAAGGAUUACCCCUAAUUCUAUUACUUUUAAUACUUUGAUCAAUGGUCUUUGUAAGACUGGAAAAUUGCAGAAGGCAAGGGAUCUGGUCGAGGACAUGAAAUGCUGGGGAUGUUCACCAUCCGUAAUCACAUAUAAUACACUUAUUAAUGGAUACUGCAAGACGGGUAGGGUGGGCAAAAUGUACAAAGCAGAUGCCCUUUUGAAAGAGAUGGUAUCAAGUAAAAUCUGCCCAAAUGAGACAACUUUCAACAUUCUAAUUGAUGGGUAUUGCAAGGAUGAGAAUAUGUCUGCAGCAAUGAAAUUAUUUGAGGAGAUGAAGAGGCAGGAUUUGAAACCAAAUGUGAUCACAUAUAAUUCUAUCAUCAAUGGUCUUUGCAACGAAGGCAAGCUUGAUGAAGCUCUUAGUUUGCAAAAUGAAAUGAUGGGUUUGAAUUUGAAGUCAAGCAUUGUUACAUAUAAUUCACUUAUCAAUGGGUUUUCUAAAAAAAGAAUGUUUACGGAAGCUAAGGUGUUAUUCAGUAGUAUAACUGAUCAAGGUCUGUUUCCAAAUGCCAUCACAUUCAACACUCUGAUUGAUGCAUAUUGCAAGUUCGGCGAAAUGGAAGAAGCAAUUAGAUUGCGUGAUUUGAUGUUAGAAAGGGAGGUCCAGCCCAACGUUUCAACUUAUAAUUGCUUGAUUGCUGGCUUUUGUGGAGAACAAAACAUGGAGGGGGCUAGCAAGCUUCUGGAUGAAAUGGCAGACAAGGGUGUGCCAGCUGAUCUUGUGACCUAUAAUAUAUUGAUUGGUGCACUGUGUAGGGAAAGGGAGUCAAGAAAGGCAGUUAAGCUGUUGCAUGAAAUGUUUGACAUGGGUGUGAGACCAAGUCACGUGACCUACAAUACUUUGAUGGAUGGGUUCUGUAGGGAGGGAAACCUGAAGGCAGCUUUGAACUUGAGGACACAAAUGGAGAAGGUAGGUAUGAGGGCAAAUGUUGUAACAUACAAUGUCUUGAUUAGGGGCCUCUGUCAAAGGGAUAAAUUGGAAGAAGCAAAUGGGCUUCUUAACGAGAUGUUGGAAAAGGGAUUAAUCCCAAAUCGUGUAACUUAUGAGAUAGUAAGAGAGGAAAUGAUGGAUAAAGGUUUUGUUCCGGACAUAGAGGGACAUCUAUGCAGUGAUGCUUCUUAGCAGUUUAUCAAAGGAUAAAGAAGAAUUUGUAUCACCUAUUUAUCAAACUAUAAAGAUAUAUAAAUGACUUCUUAUUAAACUUCAUUUAUAAACCAUCCUUCUUUUGAAGCUGUUUCAUUGGGACUGAACUUUCCCUGGGGGACGUAGGGGGGCUGUUGUGGUUUUGUUAUCCAUUUGGGGAGAGUGGUCGGUUUGUAUGGAGGGCCGCCUUGUUGGCAAUACUCUGGUGUAUUUGGGAGAAGUUGAAUGCAUGAGGCUUUAAAGUAAAGGUUUGUUAUUGACAACAUCAUAACAAGAGGAGCUCAUUGGGCUAUGGUGGAUAAUCUAUUUGGAGAU